AUGGACGCGAAGCCCCAACGACCACUGCGCGCCUUGCGCGUGCGCGAUGAGAAUGCCGUACCGGCCGCUGCUCAAACAAAGUCCCUCCACCAGCGGAACAAAUCUACCUCAGCCCUAUCCACAUUGGCACAAUACGGAGGUGUUAAACCUGGACCGAAGAGGACAGUGUUUGCCGACGUGAGCAACACGGUCAGAACGGCACAACCGGCGAAGGAUGAUAUGAUCCUACCAGCGAAGGGGACAUACGACCUGGCAAAGAAAGCGGCUGAAGUCUCAGUUCAAGAGUUCACGAAAUCAACCGCGUUAUUGCGCCCGGCCCAACGACCACUCUCAACGAUUACAGCAAAGAAUGCCGUCAAUAAUCCACCGACAAACGCAUCAGCAGCGCAGAAGCUCGUGGUAGCUGACUCAUCAAUCGCCGCCAACAUCCGGAAAGUGCUUUCGAAACGCAGCACGACCAUCUUCAAGGAGCUUAGUCCACCCGUCGAAGAGCUGCCGCACCUUUCCGACGUGAAAGAGACGCGUUCGCGAGCAUUGACCGCGCCGAUUCAGCACACCUUACCUCCCGUUCGCGAGAACCCCGUACCAGAAGCUGAUGAAGAGCAAGCAAAGAGCAUCACGACAGAAACAGUGGCGGUCACAGUCACAGACGCGAAACAAAACGCUCCCGAGGAGACUGGACGCGACACGUUCGCUGACGCUUCCACCACCCUUGUCGAAUCCAUUAAGGACUCAUCAAUCCCGACGAAGACCGAUGAACAGCGAAGCUACCCUCACGCGGAAGCCUCAUUGGAGUCACAUGACGCGUAUUAUUCAGCCCCCGUACACUCUCAUGACCAAGUUGAGUAUUUGCAGACUCUUGAAGAGCAGGCGAUCCUAGUGGAGUACGAACGGAACGAGGAGCUUGCGCGGUUGCAGUCGCAAAGUCAACCAAGGCCUGAGCCAGAAGAGUACUGGGAAGAAGAAGAGGAAGAGGAGUACUACGAAGCUGACGGCUAUACGACCGCGAGGUCACUUCCAUCACGGGGCGACAACACGACUGGUGGCGUCACGAUCGUUCUUGCGCCGCGCGUGACGGCAAAAGUUGAGAGGGAGCUCGUGGCCGCCAAGGACUUCGUGGAGAGCACCAAGACCGCUGAAGAUAUCGAAGACGAGGCUUGGGAUACCUCCAUGGUCGCAGAGUACGGCGACGAGAUCUUUGACUACAUGAGGCAGUUGGAGGAGCGCAUGCGACCCAACCCCUACUACAUGGACAACCAAGCUGAAAUCCAGUGGUCCAUGAGGUCAGUCCUGAUGGACUGGCUCGUGCAAGUUCACCACCGCUUCAACCUCCUUCCAGAGACUCUCUUCCUCAGCGUUAACUAUGUCGAUCGCUUCCUCUCCUGCAAGGUUGUUUCCCUCAACAAGCUCCAGCUUGUCGGUGCCACAGCCAUCUUUGUUGCCGCCAAAUAUGAGGAAAUCAACUGCCCAUCGGUCCAGGAGAUCGUGUACAUGGUCGACAGUGGCUACUCGGUGGAUGAGAUCCUCAAGGCUGAGCGCUUCAUGCUGAGCAUGCUGCAAUUCGAGCUUGGAUGGCCGGGACCAAUGAGCUUCCUGCGAAGGAUCAGCAAAGCCGACGACUACGACCUGGAAACCCGGACGCUAGCCAAGUACUUCCUCGAGAUCACCAUCAUGGAUGAGCGGUUCGUUGGCUGCGCGCCUAGCUUCACGGCAGCUGCGGCGCACUGUCUUGCUCGUUUUAUGCUGAGAAAGGGCGACUGGUCUCCGGCACACGUAUACUACUCCAACUACACCCUCUCCCAGCUCCGACAUCUCCUCUCGGUUAUGCUAGAGUGCUGCGAGCACCCCCAGAAGCAUCACUCCGCCGUCUACGACAAGUAUGCCGACAAGCGCUAUAAGAAGGCCUCCCGCUUCGUCGAAGGCGAGCUGGCCAACGGGUUUCAGCUCCCUUUCGCCUCUGGCGAGACCUCUUCUGGCUGCGCUCAGUCAUGGCGACGAAGAUGA